GGUUGUAAGCAAGGUAAACAUAUUCAUAUAUACGUGUGUAAACCCAAUAAACACUUUGAAAACCUUAAAUCUUUGAAAAUUUGUUGACUUUUACUUGUCAUUGAAAACUAUAUAUUCCGAACUAUUUUACAACUAAACAUCAGAUCGAGGAGACCUGAAAACAUAUUACUACCUCUAACGCUUUUUAAGUGCGUAAUUCUCAACACGAUUUCAGUUUGUUAGUGGUUCACAAAUAAAUAAUCUUUAAGCAUAUGGUCCGUAGUUACUUCUCAAAUUGCGACCAUACCAAAAUGUUUAUUGGGUGAAUGUAUGCAUACAAACUUUUAAUGAAAAAAGGCCUAAAUAAGUCAGACGCUAAAAUGUGUCUGCAAAACCAAGUGAAUCUUGUAGCCGUUAAGCAUAAGAAAUAAUCGCCCGCCCACAAAUAUGCACCAGUGUGCUGCGCAGGCGUGUAAUUAAAAGUCUGUUUGUGAUAUCGAAAUACAGGUGGGUCAUGCAAGAUUUUGAAAUAUCCAUUGGAAAUUUUUAAAGGAUGGAUUAUGAAGAAAAAUGAUAACAAAACUGAUAAAGAUUGUAAUAUUUUUUAAUAUUGAUGUACGGGAGAAAAAUUAGUUCAGUUAAAAUCGUUUAGUAUCGGACAAUCUUAACAACAAAAAAUACCAACAAAUAAGAAUAAUAUUUUUUAAUUUUUUGUGUAUAAUAAUAUAAUAUAUAUACUGAUUUAAAUAUAAUAGAUAGUACGAUCAAAGUUUGCACUAAUUUAAGGUAUUUAUCAUGAACAUUUCUUCGCCAUGUUCAUAUGUAUGCAUACUUAUUUUUCUUAUCGAGUGUUUCUGUACAACUAUAACAACAAUGAAAAGAGAAAGUUAUUGUCAUGACAUAGCUGCAAUGGAACAAAUAAUACGAUCGUCUUAAAGCAGUCGAGUUAUGCGAAUAAUUGGUAAAUAGUAAUAAAAGUAAACCUAAACUCUUGAAAAUUCAUUUAAAACAACGCUUAGUUAUUGAAGAUAACAGAACAGUGCAAUGGUAUGCUAGGAGCGGUCAUUAAGAAUUCAUAUGCAUUAGAGCGGGUUGAUUUAUAAGUAGCCAAAAAAACGGAAAAAUCGCGUUUGCAGGAAAUAUUCCACGGUUCAUUCUAAACAACUUUGCCUAAGGCUUGAAUAAUUUUAUAUUUUACAUAUUAGUGAAAACAAUACGAAACUGCGCACUACCACAAAAGCGCAAAAGUACAAUUAUACAAGUACAUGCAUUAAUUAUCAAAAUAAAUAUUAUAUAUAUACAAUAUAUAUUAUAUUAGAUGUAGUAAAAAGAAAUCCAUGAUUUUUCCAGUAGAUGGCGUUAUUUAUCUGUAUCUCGCGUUGUAUAAGUGCGAUCGGGUUGGCGUUAGAAGGAUGACAUUUUGCACUAAAAAAUCUUUUCUGACAGUUUUAUUAUUGGUCGAUUCAGUUUUGUUUGAGCGCGCAUCAAAGAUGGACACUAGUAAAGAAAAAAUAGCUAUAUUUUAGAGUUUUUCUUCGAUAAGGGCGUUUAUGGUCCUGAUACUGUAACAGCCAAUCAUGCGCAAUUUUGGCUUCGUCGAUUCCGUUCCGGAAAUUUCGAUGGCAAAGAUGCACCACGCUCUGGAAGACCAAUUAUCGAAAAAAUCGGUGAAAUAAUGGAAAUCGCCGAGUCCAAACAUCGAUUACGAUUAUCCAGGACCUAAACAUUGCACAAAAAAUCGUUUGGAGCCAUGUGAAUAAGGCUGUAUACGAAAAGUAAUAAUUAAAGCAUUCAGUUUCAUGGAAAAAUAAUGGGUUUCUUUUUACUACACAUAAUAUAAUAAAUAUAUAGCUGUAAUAUCCAAAGUGCACUAAUAAUUUUAGUAUAAGGUAAAUUAAAUGAAAGAAAUGAGCAAAAACUUUUUCCAAUGACACUUACUUUUUGUCGCCUCAGUUGUAAUUGUUAAUUUUUCAGAUGUCACAAAAUAUUUUCAACUUCGCUUACAAGUUUCUAAAUCAAAAGAUAAACCUAACAUCUUCCAGAAGAACUUUACUAAUUCCUAGGUAAUAAAGUAAUGGGUAAUGUCGGCAGCACACAUCAUCUUAACUUAGAGGAUGUUAAUAGCGAAAUACAUUCGUAUUAUAAGCAACAACGUCAGCGUCAGCAGUCUCAUAACCCGCGAUGUAAUAAUUUUAAUUCUAACAGCAUUGCAAUGCAUGGGACACGUUCACUGCCGCAUGUGAUAAAUAAUGGCAGAGUAGAUGCAGUGGAACGUGAUAUUGCGGAAUCAGUGUCAACGACUAAGCUGCCGAACUGUAAAGUACUGCCACACGUGAAUGAACGUCUCAAACUCCGCCCAACAACAAAUGGGGUUAUACUCUCUUCAGGUGGUACGAUCAGUGGGAAACGCCAACAGCUCCCCACAAGAAUCACAACGGGAGCCACGUCCCAAAUGUCACAGCAACCUGGUUUAAAACAGCGUUCACGGACAUUUAUAUAUGACGACUCAAAGAAACCCAGUUGGAAGUACAAUCAACAAAAUUCUGAGCAAAGUCGUGACCUUCAGAAUAGUCGACAAUCAUUGCCUUCUUUCAGACGUUCACAGACGAACCUUGAGUUUGAUGUUGAAAGCAAUCAAAAUCAGGUUAGUAAAAGUCUUUGUAGGAGAUUGGGUUUCGCUUCUACCAAGGCCAAGGCAGCUGAAAAAGAAUUAAAAUAUAUAACAACAUAUCAAAGACAAGUAGAAAACAAUGAUCAAGUUACUAGUAAGUACUAUAAGUACAAUAAGAAAAGGAAAGCUCCUUCUGCACCUUCCUUUACGGCUAUGUCGGUUCCCAUAAGCGUAACAGCUGCAACAAGUUCGCCAAGUACCGAUAAUAAAUACUUGACUCCGAUCAUAACCAAGAAUUCUAAUACAAAAGUAAGUAAAGUAUCGGCGGGCUCCGAUAGUCUUUUAGAAAACAAAACGUUAUUGGGGGAUCAUCCGACAAAAACUCGACUUUUUCGCUCAAAUGUGAAAAUAUCUCCAUCUGAGCUAGCUGGAAAGAAUUUACAUGAGCCGCAACAGCAAACUCAAAAUCAACUCAUGGAUGUAGAAUCAGACUUUACCUCGCUAUCAAUUGCACCUACAAAAGAUACAAAGAACCAAGUUUUCAACUAUUUGCGAAGGGAAAAGAGUUCAGACGCUAUUUUACUACGAGAAAAGAACACACGAGAUGACAUAAACAUAAUAACAGCAAACAUUAAAUUAAAAUCCUCCUCAUCAUGCCAAUUGAAGACCGAAGAUAGCAAACUUAUAAAUGGGCAGCAAAAGUAUUCCGCCUCCAAAAUUCCACAAUUGAAUCGAACUUUUUAUUUCGGCAUGUCUUUAGGAUCUAUACAGGCAUUGUCAACGGCGCCAGUAAUAGAAACUACUCGCCAAACAGAUGAUUUAAUAGAUGCGAAAAAUGUACCAAUGCAUGAAAAUUCCGAAUAUAUAGAAACUUCUACUACAGCAGUCGUUAAAGCCACUGCUGGCAACUAUGUCAGUGACUAUAAGAUACAUGCAUCCAGCGACGUCAAACCUAUUAUAGAUAAUGGUCUAUUGAUUCAAGUUCGUCCAACUUUACCGCGUAGACAACUUAACACCCCAAGCUUUAGCCCCGUGGCCGCAUGGCGUAUGUUAGUAGAUCAACAACAUCAUUAUAAACUACAAAAGUUUAAGCAAACCUGUGGAGAAAAAAGUAGAAAACAAAAAAACUGUGAGAAUAAAACUAACAAUAACCAAGUUUCCGAAAAGCCUACCUUGUUACCUUCCCUUACUGGAAAAGAAAAUGGUUUUCAAUGCGUUCGUGGAGCUAUUAAGAUAUCAACAGAAUCGCCAAUAAAAUUAACAUCUAAUUUAAAUAAGACAACACCUUCAUCGUGUCUUAAUACUUGGACACCACAACAAGAUUUGGGCGAUGAUGAGGAUGAUUACUACGGUGAAGGUGAAGUUGAUUCCACUAAAAAACAAUUUUCCGAAAGUGGAGAACCAAAUCAUAUCGAUCAGCAAGGAAACUCCACUAGUUGUGGCAAGGUGAAUGAAAAUACUAUUGAGGUAGGUAAGCUGAGAGCGUCGGAAGUUAGUCGUCUUGAAGAAGUUUUUGAAAAAGCAAUAAGUGCAACGGAUAUGCAUAUUUUUAGUCUAUCACUUCCGCGUGAUAUAUACACGCAAGCCCAACGUAAGCUUUUACAGUCGAUCAACACUUCAUCUACUCUACCAAAAGAGCCGUCACGUAGUGCAGAUAGUACUGCAGGUUCGCUCUAUAAACCGAUUUCGUUCAGCUCCAAGUGUUGUUGUUUACACCCUGGAAUGAGAAUUAAGCAAUGUCUGCCUCUACCGUAUGAAAACCAUUGUUCGAUACAUUCCGGAAACGGGUUUGUUAUUAGUGGUUCUGAGCCUUUGAGUAACCUUAGUGACAACUGGGUCCUGCAUAAAGUGAAAAGUGGCGAGGGUGAAGCUUUAAAUACUUGUCGAUUUUCAGCUGAUGGGCGGUAUAGAAAAUGGAAUACUACGGCUUCUGUGGAGCCCAUAUCUUUAUCAUAUUUGACAACUGGAAAACAUGUAAUGUAUCUACCUAGCAAAGAACCAAAUGCCAUAACCACACAUAAUGAAGUGACAUGUAGAACUACUAUGCGGAAAAGUGAACAGUACCAGUACAAACAACAGCAACGUCACCAAAAAAUAGUACGCCAAAGUUUGCAAGAUGAAAUAAUGAACCCGGAUAAUUAUUCUUUAAUAACUUCACAUGUACCUGUAAAAGAUGCGUCUGAUAUCGAAAAGCCACAACAAUUUACGUUUCAAAGUACUAUACGUUUGCUAGAAAAAAGACGUUUGGCUGAACGACUUGCAAAAGAUGCUAAACUGAGGGAAGCGAAGCGGAAAAGGGAAUUGGAAGCGAUGAAGCGUGUUGAAGAUGAUUUUCAGCGCAAACGCGCCAUUGAAAAGGCUAGUAUUCGAUACCAGUUACAGUUACAUUUUAGUGCUGAGCAAGUUAAGGAGGACGGAAUUGUAACUGGUGGCGGUAAUUUAUCUUCUGAAGCCCCACAUGGGUUACAAUUUGAUCGAAACAAUGACACUGCUUGUCGGGCUGAACCAGUUGAUAAUGUAUCCAACACACCACUUUUGUGCACUGAUACUUGCUCCAGGGAAAGUACGCUGAACUAUUCCGAUUGUGGCGAUGAAAGUGAUACUGAAGCAGCUGAAUUAAUCAACUUUCAACAUUCGGAAACUUUGCUACAACCAUAUCUCCAAUCAAUAAUUAACUGAUUUAAAUACUGCAUACGAGUAUACAUUCUAGGUUUGAAGUAAUUUUAAUAUAAAGUGAAAAUUAACAAUGAUGAAACUCUUCGAACUGGAAAUUAUUUUUGAAAGUUGCAUGUAUUACAAAUUAAUAAUUUUAUAAUGCUUCUAUUUUGAAAAGACCUAGGCGUUUGAUUUGUUGAACAGAUAAAAAUUGUAGUAUAAAGUAAAUAUGUAAAAUAAAAAAAAUAUUGCAAAAAAGUAUUUCUAUAGAAGAUAUUACUUUUUUAAAAAUAAAAUUCAAAUAAAUAAAUGAAAUAAUUACAAUAUUACAAUAUUAUGUUAUUGGUAUCUUACAGAGACAUGUUUUCAAUAGGAUCAUGAAUUUGUAUCAUGUAUCUCUAUUCAGUUCUGAUAAAGCAAUCUUAUCAUGCUUUGCUCAUUAAAACUGAAAUUAUUAUUUUUAAAGUUCAAAAAAUAUACCUAUGCAAUUUAUGAGAAUGAAAUAA